UGUUUAAAAUUUUAGACCAAUUUAUCUUUGAUAAGAUCUAAUUUUUAGAGAAAAACUAUAGAGUCUAAAGCCCUCCAUAAGAAAAACUAAUAAUUAUUGAUAAAUCUCUUUGAUUAGGUCUGGAUGAGGUCACGGGCACGACACAUGCGCACAUUUUCCAUCUGCGAAAUAUCGAAUUGAGGAAAAUAUGGUGGUUUUUUGUUUGCAUCAUAAUUUCGCACAACUUAUUUCAUUAAAAUGACGCGUUCAAACCAAAUAAAAUAUGUCGUUUCUAACUAGUAUUAGUGUUUUUCGUGUACCUGAACAGUAGUGAAAAAGUGUGGUGAUUUUAAACAAGAAAAUUCUGUUUUGGAGAGAAUUCAUAAGUUUUGCCAAUUUUCAGUGCUAAUGGCAUCACCAGUUCCAGUGUCAGUGGACAGUAGCACGGCUGCAGCAAUGGUAGCAGCUCUUGUAGCGAAUGCCACAACCGUAACAGCAAGUAUUACAGAGACAGUGCACUCUCAGCCUUCGGAACCCAUUUUUCUUCAGACAAAACUGGCACAAGGAGUUGCUGGAUUUUUUGUUUGGGCUGCCUUAUUCCUCACCUGUACCCAGAUUUAUCAUCAUCUACGUUGGUACACGAAUCCUACCGAACAAAGAUGGAUCGUCAGGAUUUUGUUCAUAGUGCCCAUUUACGCUACCUAUUCAUGGAUAAGUUUGUUGUUCUUCAACUCUGAAAGUUAUUACGUCUAUUUCUUCACCGUUAGAGACUGCUAUGAAGCUUUCGUAAUAUACAACUUCUUGUCCCUCUGUUACGAGUACUUAGGAGGCGAGGGCAACAUCAUGUCGGAAAUACGAGGCAAACCGAUUCGAUCGAGUUGCCUGUACGGUACCUGUUGCCUCAAUGGCAAGACCUACACCAUCGGCUUCCUGCGCUUCUGCAAGCAGGCCACUUUGCAGUUCUGCCUGGUCAAGCCUGUGAUGGCCUUUGUCAUCAUAUUCCUGCAAGCCUUCAACCAUUACCACGAUGGCGACUGGAGCCCCAACGGAGGAUAUCUCUACGUCACAAUUAUCUACAAUAUUUCCGUGUCGCUGGCUCUGUACGGAUUGUUUUUGUUCUAUUUCGCUACGAGGGACUUGCUGACUCCGUUCGAGCCGGUUUUGAAGUUCUGUACGGUGAAGUCUGUGAUUUUCCUGUCCUUCUGGCAAGGUGUUGGAUUAGCCAUUCUGGAAAAAGCCGACGUUAUAUCGCCCAUCAUCGAUACCAGCGGCACACGUACCUCGGCUGGUACCGUCUCAGCAGGUUACCAGAACUUCCUUAUUUGCAUUGAAAUGUUUUUCGCAGCAGUAGCCCUACGCUACGCUUUCCCCCACAGAGUCUACGUCCAGGGUUGCGUCACGGAUUCCAGAGGGCGCUCAGUCACAAUGCAGAGCAUAUCGAGCAGCCUUAAGGAAACGAUGAACCCUAAAGACAUUAUGACAGAUGCCAUUCAUAAUUUCCACCCCCAGUACCAACAGUAUACACAGUACAGUUCAGAUGUUAUAUCGCACCAGCCCUACGAGAGACUGUGAUUCCGUCCAUAUCGUAGCAUGUCGUGUUGCAUGCGCCGCAUUCAUGUCCGACUCGCAUUUGCGUCGCGUCGACGUGACGUUGCCGGACUAGACCAUGGCUGGAUCAUGCGCAUACGACCUACCUAACCCAUCUAUCUCAUCAGACCUUAUUAUAUUAUCAGUUACUAUUAAUUUAGUUGUUUUAUUCUCAAUGACCAGACAAAUGUGUACGUUUUUCAAGUAUAAUUUUAUACCUUGACUUGUUUAAUUUUGUGCAAUAUUAUUUAGUCUGCGACACAGUGGAUAUUUUUUUGAUUUUUUCUCUGGCUCAAGUUUUUUUUGUACCUGGACUUAACAAUCUUAAGAAAAACUUAUAAUCUCAACACAAAUCAGUUUUUCAUCAUAGACCAAAUUGGUGGAAAUAUCUACAAGGUGUUCCUUAAUUACAUGCUAAUAUUUAAAGGCGUGAUUCUUGGACCUAUUCUAAGAAAAAAACUUCAUACGAGUGUAUGUCUUAAAUAUCUUAACUUUGAGAUAUGGGGUGGUAAAAUUUUCUAAAACUUUUUUUUGUAAUAAUUUUCAUUUUGUCUUCAACGCAUCAAAAUGCCGUUUAUGAAAUGAUGUACAAAUAAUUUAUUUUUUUUAACCAUUGGCGUCGAUAUGGGUUUUAUAUUGAAUAUUUUUGGAGAAAAAAAUAGUACACCACGCUCUUAAAAUAAACCUUAUUUUCAAAAUCUUUAUUUAUUUCUAAACAAUUUUCAUCUCUACAUUUUUUUUCGCCAGACGCAUAGUUUUUUCUUAAAAAAAUCAAAAUCAUUGUACCUCAGGGUUAGAUUGGAAAAAAUGUGGUGACUGUUGUGUGGAAAUCGUUUCUGCAUUGACUGGAAGGAACUACUAAGGAGGACUUUUUGUAUAUUAAAAAUAAUGCAUUUUGGUGCAUAGAAGACGUGUAUCUAAUUUCAUAAAGAUAUCUAUAAUAUCAGAGUUAUUAUGAAAAAAAAAAAAACAUUUUUUAGAAAAUGUUCACAGAUUAUUCGUGAAUAACCAGUGCCGGAGUUAUAGAGUUUCGCCACUACAAUGUCAGAUGCCAAAAAUCGCUCUGGAACAAUUUUUUGUUAAAUUUAUAGUGUUUAGCUCAAUUUUCAUGAUUUUUUUUUGUAAAAAUAACUGAAAAAAUAGAAUUUGUAAACUCAGUUUCUUAUAAACUUUAGUAUUGCGCUUUAUUAUACAGGGUUUAUCGAAUGGUUGUUUUACCUUAACUUUAAAACACCCUGUGCAAUAAUUUCGGGAGCAAGUUUUCCUAAAAUUUUAUUUUUCUGUCAGAACCUGUGUGUCUGAGUGAACCUAUGUAUCCUGAGCAUUUUGUUUAAUGUCUCAUGUGAACAAAUGUCUUGAUCUAAUAAUUCCUGAUGCCUUUUAAGAUCUAAAGGAACUUGCCACGAACAAUUUGCAGUUUUUUCAAUUAUUAUCAUUACUUCUGAUCUUGUUUUUCAAUAUGACGAGGUGGUUUUGAUGACUAUUGUCGUAAUGUCAUAUUACGCUGCAUUGGACACUCUAUACUAAAUAAAAAAAAAACAUUAAAGAGUAACUAUACAGUUCUGGUUUUAAUAAACAUUAAUAACGAUAACAGAACUAACGUUAUUAAAGAAAUCAUCUUAAUAUUCAAGUAUACAAACAGUAACAGCAACUGUAGGGUUCAGAUCUGUCUAACAUGCUGGGUAGUUCAUAUUGUUAUAUAAUUCACAAUAUAACAUCUCGUCUCUCAUAUUGAAAAUUAUCAUCAAAAAGAAAUGAUAAUUGAUAAUAUUGCAAAUUGUUUGUGGCAAGUUCAUUUCGCUCUUAAAAAUUAACCAAGGCGUGUAUUGACAUGAUCCAAAAAACAAAAUGCUCAGGAGACAUGGUUCUGACAUGAAAGUAACGUUUUAAGAAAAUUCGCUCACGAAAUUAUCGCACAGGGUGUUUUAAAGUCAGGGUAAAAAACAACCCUUUGAUUAAACCUGUAUAAUAAGCCAAAUACUAAAAUUUAGAAAAAAAACUGUAAGUUAACUUCUGAUAUAUUUAUAUACAGUUUGCUUAAAAAAAAUCAUGAAAAUAGGGCUAAAAAUAUAAAAAAUAUAACGAAAAUUUUUUCUGUUGCCUUUUUUGCAUCUGAGUGUAUAACGUUUUAGAAAAAUAGCCAAUAAUUUGUCUAUCAAAAAUCGUGCAAUAUAAAAACAAUAUUCAAGUUAUAAUAUUGCUAGAGGAAUGUACAUAUUUGUCAGUGUACAAAUACUUAACAAAUUCUUGUUAUCUUCAUAUGGCCAUUGUUUUAAUGGAUUAUUUUUUAAACAAAAAUAAAUUUAAAAAAUAAAAAAUAUAUAUAUUUUCAUUAGUUUAAAAAAAAUACAAAACACUUAGACACUAAAUGUCACCAAAUCAUGUAUAAUAAGAAUAUAUUGGAAUAAACAUUGAGUAGGCACAUAUUUUUGUUUAAAAUUUAAUUCAAUUAAAAUAUUUUUAACUAUUUUAAAUCCUAAGCACAGUACUUAAUCUAUUUUAAAAAUAAAAAAACAAAUCAAAAAAGUAUUUUUUAUGUAUAUUUGUAAAUAUUUUAUUAAAUUUCUUACAUCAUUAAAAAAUGUGAUCCGAACUGGGAAUCAAAAAACCUAGCUUUAAAUAUUUAGCAUUUCUAUUUGACUAUUAGUUAUUAUUAGUAUUGUUAAGAAGUAUUUCUAGUUGAAUUUUGACCUAAAUAGUUAUUUGGCACAUUCGUUCAAACAAGCCAUUGUUUUAGGGUCUUGUCUUAGUGUAGUACCCUACACGACCUAACGAUUUUAUAAAUGUAGUUUAUUUAAUUUUUUUUAAGUUGACUCCAUUAUGUACAUUUUUUUUAAUUUAAUAAACGGCUUGGUGUAUA